AUGGCUCCCAAGCAACUCAACUUCAUCACCGGCAACAAGAAUAAGCUUACAGAAGUCAAGGCUAUUCUGGGCGACACUGUAGAUCUGAAAAGCCAGGCAUUGGAUCUAGUUGAGAUCCAGGGUACCAUUGAAGAAAUUUCCGCUGAUAAGUGUCGGAGGGCAGCUGCCGCCGUCAAUGGUCCUGUCUUAGUUGAAGAUACAUGUCUGUGCUUCAAUGCACUGAAAGAGCUACCGGGUCCUUAUAUCAAGUGGUUCCUAGAAGCUCUCGGCCACCAAGGACUCAACGACAUGCUCGCCGCCUUCCCAGAUAAGUCUGCUCAGGCCGUUUGCACAUUUGCAUACUGCGAAGGUCCAAGCCAUGAGCCAAUUAUCUUUCAAGGCAGGACGCAUGGCAAAAUCGUACCGGCGAGAGGACCAACGAAUUUUGGCUGGGACCCAAUCUUCGAGUAUGAGGGCAAGACUUAUGCUGAGAUGGACAAAGUCGAGAAGAAUAAGAUCUCGCAUCGAUUUCGUGCUUUGGAAAAGCUCAAGAAGUGGAUGGAGGAGUCCUGA